UUCGUUGAUAACUCGAUAAACUCUGAAGCCGUGUUCAUGGCACCCAACUUCACAGAAAUUAGAGAGAAAGACACUCUGUGAUUGGCGCCAAAACCUAAAUAUUUCUUUUGUUUAUCCUCAAAACCGGAACCCAUUAUUUUGCUCUGCUUUGAUUUGCCCCGGGAAUCCCAAAUAGUUCCAUAUGGAAUCAAAUUCCCCUCUCCCUAAACACCCAAAACUCCCAACACCAUCCAACGAUGUUGAUCCUAAAGAUCACGGCAACAAAUCGAUGAAUGAUCUGCCAGAACCCGUAGUGCAUCACAUCUUUUCGUUCCUGGAAACCAUAGACGUGAUCAGGGCGAGGGUGUGUCAACAAAGUGGAGGUAUUUGUGGACUUCGAUGCCUCACUUAAACUUUGAUUACCAAGCCGGUUGGUUAAACCCAUUACGUCAAGAAUUCCCUUCUACCAGAGUAUAUGAGAAAUUCAAGGAUUUUAUCAGCUGGGUUCUAAUGGCCCACGAUAAAUCUGUCAGCAUCCAAAGCUUUCGUCUGUCAUGCUUGAAUAAUGACGAUUAUCGUUCAUUAUACGGAUGGAUCAAAGGGGACCCUUUGCCUUGCCACGCUAUCUUGUUGCUCCUGAUUCGCUGGAGAUAUUAGAGUUAGAUUUGCAGGGAAGUGUUCUUAAGAUUCCUAGCGAUGUGGGUUUUAGCCGAUUGAAGUCCCUUCAACUAGUGAGAACUCAGUUGUUGGAUCAGAAUUUGUUUCACAAUUUUGUUUCAAGCUGUCCUCUGCUUGAAAAUUUGAGCUUGGAAGGGUGUCUGUUUUAUGAUUUUAAGGUUCUUGAUAUUUCUUUAAGGAAUCUAAGGAUAUUGUUUGUUGAUAAUGAUAUGGGUGGAGGUCCUUUUGAUGAACGCUUAUGGGAGUGUGUGUUAAAAAUUGCUUGUCCAAAUCUUGCGUAUUUUCAUUUGUCGGAUCCAUUUGCUCAGAACUUCUCUUGGGACAAAAUCCCUUCUUUGCUUCAAACAGCCACCAUUUGGCCCUGGUGGUGGGAGGAUGCGCUAAUACGUGAAGAGCUUGCUAACUAUCUGUUGAAGCUUCUCAGAGGGGUUUGUCAUGCAGAGGUUUUGAAACUAGGUAAGUACAUUUUGCAGCAUCUUUACCCAGUAGUUGCUGAACCACGGUGCUUCUCCACUACAUUUUAUAAUCUGAAGUCCCUAAAAUUGUUCACUGGCAUCGACAAAUGCUACAUAGGGUCACUAAUCUACUUGUUGAAAUGUGCUCCCAACCUCCAGCUUCUUUCAGUAUAUAUUGAUGAAGAAGAGUAUGACUGCGAUUAUGAAUGGGAGAUACCGGACGAGGCAAUUGCAUGUUCAACAGAUCAUCUCAAGAUGGUUAAGCUAAUUGAAGUUGACUAUAGCGACUAUGAGCUUUAGCUGAUAAGGUUCUUUCUGAAGAGUGGACAUGUACUGGAGAAAAUGAGCAUCAUUUGUCUUAACCAUCUCCAGCGAGAAACUCAGAUGGAGGCUAUCCAGGAGGUUAUGAAGUUUCCUAGAUCUUCUUCAAAUGUCACAGCCACAUUCUCUGAGCCAAGGCAAUCUGACUAGGAUGAUGUGUUAUGAAUAAUUGUGGGAAAAUUAUCUAUAACAGAUUGACUGUUGUCUUGAUUUAAUAGUAUAUGGUGGAAGUGACUUUAUGUGUUUAUUUUAUGGAAUUUAGCAAUGGUGUUUUCUUGUAUCUUUGAUGAAAACUAUAUGUAAUAUGAAGAACAAUGGAUACGACAUAAAAUAUUGACCAGUAUAUCCAGAAGUAAUAUAGAAUUCUCAAGGUAAUUCCUGUCUCCAAGUGGAUUGAUUGAUCAUAACGAUAAUUACCAUGAGGGAAAACCCUCAAAUCACUAUUGGAUAAAGAUGUCAAAGGAUAAUACAUUAUAUUUGAUCACAUCAAUGCUUUUGGGGUUUUCUCUGAAUUCCUAU